AUAAAGCUUAACUAGGAUUUUUAAGAACAGUAAAGUUCUUUCAAGAUAACCCUGCUAGAGUUAUCAGCAACAAGCCGAGUUUUGAACAAGGGAGGAAGUGAUAGCAAUAUGGAAUCUCGACCGAUUACAGAGGAGGAGAUGGAUGAGCUAAGAGAAGCCUUUAGCAAAAUUGAUACUGAUGGAAAUGGUUUCAUAAGCCCUAAUGAAUUGAAUGACCUAUUCAAGGCUGCUAAUUUGCCCCUCCCUGGGUAUAGACUGCGGGAAAUCAUCCAACGUAUUCUUGAAACAGGAGAUCGCAACAAAGAUGGCAAAAUCAGUUUUCAGGAAUUUAUCACAGUUAUUCAUGACCUUAGAAGCACAGAUGUUGCUAAAACAUUCAGAAAGGCUAUAAACAAGAAGGAAGGUAUCUGUGCAAUUGGUGGCACAUCUGAGCAGUCCAGUGUGGGCACCCAGCACUCAUAUUCAGAAGAGGAAAAGUAUGCUUUUGUAAACUGGGUAAAUAAGGCUUUGGAAAAGGACCCAGACUGUAAACAUGUAAUUCCCAUGAACCCUGACACAGAUGACCUGUUCAAAGCAGUUGGUGAUGGGAUUGUCCUCUGCAAAAUGAUCAACCUCUCAGUGCCAGAUACCAUUGAUGAACGAGCCAUCAACAAAAAGAAAUUAACUCCUUUCACUAUCCAGGAGAAUUUGAAUUUGGCACUCAAUUCCGCUUCUGCUAUCGGAUGUCAUGUAGUAAACAUUGGCGCUGAGGAUUUGAAGGAAGGGAAACCAUACUUGGUGCUGGGACUUCUGUGGCAGGUCAUCAAGAUUGGACUGUUUGCAGAUAUUGAGCUCAGCAAGAAUGAAGCUUUGAUUGCCCUGUUACGGGAUGGAGAGAGUCUGGAGGAUCUCAUGAAACUUUCUCCAGAAGAGCUGCUCCUGAGAUGGGCUAAUUACCACCUGGAGAAUUCUGGAUGCAACAAAAUUAAUAAUUUCAGCUCAGAUAUAAAGGACUCCAAAGCCUACUACAGCUUGCUUGAACAAAUUGCUCCAAAAGGAGAAGAAGAGGGUAUCCCUGCUGUGGCCAUUGAUAUGGCUGGACUCAGGGAGAAAGAAGACCUGAAGAGAGCAGAGUGCAUGUUGGUGCAGGCAGAUCGCCUGGGCUGCCGCCAGUUUGUAACAGCGACGGAUGUUGUACGUGGAAAUCCAAAGCUUAAUCUGGCUUUCAUCGCCAACUUGUUUAACAAAUACCCAGCCCUACAAAAGCCAGAAAAUCAGGACAUCGAUUGGAGCUCACUUGAAGGUGAAACAAGAGAGGAGAGAACAUUCAGGAACUGGAUGAACUCACUGGGUGUUAACCCACGUGUAAAUCAUCUGUACAGUGAUCUUGAUGAUGCACUAGUCAUAUUUCAGCUGUACGAGAAGAUAAAAGUUCCUGUGGAUUGGGUGAGGGUAAACAAACCACCCCACCCUAAAUUGGCAGAAAAAAUGAAAAAGCUUGAAAACUGUAACUAUGCUGUGGACCUAGGGAAGAAUAAAGCCAAGUUUUCUCUAGUUGGCAUUGCUGGGCAGGACUUGCAUGAGGGGAAUCGGACCCUCACACUUGCUUUGAUGUGGCAGUUAAUGAGAAGGUACACGCUGAAUAUCUUGGAGGACAUUGGAGGAGGACAGAAGGUUAAUGAUGACACAAUUGUCAACUGGGUGAAUGAUACACUCAGACAGGCUGGAAAGUCAUCAUCCAUCUCUAGUUUCAAGGAUGGUAAAAUAAGCACCAGUAUGCCUGUACUGGAUUUAAUUGAUGCAAUUCAACCUGGCUCAAUUAAAUAUGACCUUUUGAAAACAGAAGACCUAGAUGAUGGAGAGAAACUCAACAAUGCCAAAUAUGCUAUUUCCAUGGCAAGGAAGAUAGGAGCAAGAGUGUACGCUUUGCCAGAAGACCUGGUAGAGGUGAAACCCAAGAUGGUCAUGACGGUCUUUGCCUGUCUCAUGGGGAGAGGACUUAAAGUGUAAAAGCCAGUGAUAUACAUCAUAUGCCUAGUCAGUCUGUUCUGUAUAUAAGAGGUUUCUGCCAAUGAUCUAUUGUCUUCACUCCACAGUCAUGUCGGUCAUUGCUUGUGAUGGAUAAUGUGAUCUAGUAAGAAGACACCUAAACUUUAUUAUGUCAGGAAUAUCCAUCUCUUUAUUAUGUACAAUGGGCUUCUUCUUAGUUUAGAAACUGAGGGGAACAUUUACUAAGCAGUGAUAAGAGCGAAGAAGUGAGCCAGUGGAGAAGUUGUCCUAUCAACCAAUCAGCAGCUCUGUAUAAUUUUAUAGUAUGCAAAUUAUAGAUGUUACUUAAGUGCUGAUUGGUUGCCAUGGGCACUUCUCCACUGGCUCCACUUAUCACUUAUCUCCACUCUUAUCACUGCUUAGUAAAUGUCCCCCUGAAUCAUGUAUUCCUUUCAUUAUAUGUAUAUCACAUCAUCAGCAGCAGCAGCAGCAGCAGCACUUGUACAUCUUUCAUCUUACUUUAAGUGACUCACAACAAAUAUUAAACAUGACCUGUUUUUGUUA